AUAUUUCAUACAACCAGUUUGUUAAAUCUAGAAAAGCAAAUUCCACUGUAGGAUAUUGGUUUAUUUGCAAUAAUUUCUAAAUACUCCAUCUCUCGUGGCCUUGUCUGAUAGAAAUUGUGAUGAUAUUAUCGUCGCUUGAAAGUAUUUUGUGAUGUUUAAAGUAAUUUGUUGAGUCGUUUCAUAAUGUAAACAUGGAAUUGAAAUUUAUUAACAGUAUAGAAUGCAAACAGGGAGCUGUACGAGCUGUGCGGUUUAAUGUUGAUGGCUCCUAUUGUCUUACCUGCGGGUCAGACAAAAAAGUGAAACUCUGGAAUCCGUACAGAGGCGUAGCUCUCAAAACAUAUGGCGGUCACGCCAACGAAGUACUCGACGCUUCUGCAUCAUGCGACAGUAGUCAAGUUGUUUCGUGCGGAAUGGAUAAAUCUGUAAUUGUUUGGGAUGUUGCCACUGGCAACCCUGUUCGAAGACUCAGAGGACAUGCAGGGCCAGUAACUACUGUAAGGUUUAAUGAGGAAUCAACCAUGGCAAUCUCUGGAUCUCAUGAUAACUCAGUUAUGUGUUGGGAUAUUCGCUCUCGGAGUCAGGAUCCUGUGCAAACCCUUCGAGAAGCGAAGGACACUGUUUCGAGCAUCAGAGUUACAGAUCAUGAAAUCUUGGCAGCUUCUUAUGACAGUAGAAUACGCAGAUAUGACAUACGUAUUGGUGAACUGCUGGUUGAUUACGUAGGAGAGGCAGCAACAUGCGCAAGUUUUACCAGAGAUGGUCAGUGCAUAGUAAUCAGCUGUGGGGACGGAGUGAUACGCUUAAUGGAUAAAGAUACCGGAGAGUUACUUGGGGAAUUCACAGGGCAUGCAGCAGAUGAUUUGUGCUUGGAAUCGAGUGUCGAUUGCAAAGAUACACACAUUUUAUCUGGUUCUGGAGAUGGAAAAUUAUGGAUUUGGGACUUGGUAACGCAAAAAGUGGUGCAGAAAUUGUCAGACAACAAUCUAUCAGAAAAGAUACAUCCCGUUGUUUCGAUUUGCGUACAUCCACAGAGAAACUGUAUUUUAGCAGCCAGUGGUGGUACGAUACUGAUGUGGGAUACGGACGAAAAUGAUUCAAAAUAUUAAUAAACUUGUCGACUUGUCUGCGCAAAUAAAAUACUACAGUGAAACUUCCCAAUAGCAGACACCUUUGGCACUGAAAAUAUCUCUAUCUGUUUAUUCUACUGCUGGAGAUUUUUAGAUUUUACGUUGUAAAGAGGAAUCCGUUAUUCCGAGGUGUUUGUUACGAGAAGUUUCAUUGUACCUCCUUUUUU